GGCGCGCGACGCGACCUUUCCUGAUCUCCGGGAGAAUCCUUCACUCCAUUGUCUCCUGGCCCCACCCUCCAUUGGGCACGCCCUUCGCCUUAUCUUCCGCCGCUUAUUGGCUGCAUGUCACGCCCUUCCUCGAUUUCUGGUUCCCCAUUGGCUCUUCGCCUUAUCCUCUCCCGGGGCUUCUUAUCGGCACAAGCCACACCCUCUCAUUUGUCACCAGGCCCCGCCUUUAGUAGUCGGGGGCUCCUCCCCCAUCCAUCCUUUAAUUAUGCACCUAGUGCUGGGUGCUUCGUACACUAGGGUGAAUCAGACCCGGUUCCUGCCUUCGGGGAGUUCAGGGGAUGGUGGGAGGACACGGACCUAGGAUCCGACAGUGACAGCUCUGAGUAAAAAAGUCGCCGAAGCAGUGGGACUCUAGACGCGGGGAAGGCUUCCUGGAGGAGGUGAGGCCUAAAGUGAGACUUGAAGAAUGCUUAAGAGUUUGCUCCAGAAAUAUAUUGCAAGGACAUUCUUGGCGGAAGAACCCGAGACACGAAAGGAACGCGUUUUCUGGUAAUUUCGAGGAGAUGGAGAAAUAACAGCAUGUGUUUGUGCUGAUGGAAAGACUCCAGUAGAGAGGAAGAGAUUGAUGAUGUAGGAGAGAGGAGAAAUGCUGGAAGUGAGUCGCUGAGCAGGCAAGGGAGCUCGGCAGCUGGAGCCUCUCCAGGCAGUCUCUGGGGAGAGACUGAGUCCUGGAACAGAGUUGGGAGGUCGACAGUGUGGGGACUUGGAGUGACUCAGCUGGAUGUGACCCCCAGGACAGAAUGGUGCUGGACUCGGGGGCUCAGGCGUAUGAGCAGGCACCCCACAGCCCGCCUACCAGUCCCUCAUCCCUGCGCCAUAGGCUGAAGCCCUCAGACCGAGAUGGGCCACCACUGUACCCCUGGUCUCAGUCCCUGGCCUUGCCUCUGGCUCUGGCAGUCCCCCCAGCACUGCAGCCCCAGCCUGAGCAGCAGCCUUUCUCACAGCUGCACUUGGACCACCGUGGCCACAUGCGUCGCAGUGAGAGCACCUACACUGUAAAUAGUACUGGCCGGCGGGGUCGUGGCACCCUGGGACGGCCUCCACCUGGACGGCGACGGAACCCAGGUGGGGGCACCCUGCGGCCUGCAGCCUCCCUGCCUCACAUUGCUAAGACUCAAAGGGAUGCAGGUCAUGGUGCCAGCAAGAGCCCCUGCAUGUUGGUGGCCCUGCGGCCAACCAACAUGGACCGUGAGCGAGACAAGUUCUUCCAGUCCCAUUACACCUACAAUCCACAGUUCGAGUACCAGGAGCCCGUGCCCACUGCUGUGCUGGAGAAGUACUGUGAGGCCUCUGGACAGUUCAUCCAUCAGGCAAUUGGCAUCAUUGAGGCUGUUCUGGAGAAGUUUGGAACCUAUGAACACUUUGAGGCUGCCACUGGGGGGCAGCUGCUCACCAAGUGCCAGAUAUGGUCCAUUGUGCGCAAAUACAUGCAGAAGGAGGGCUGCGUUGGGGAGGUUGUGGUGCAGCUGAGUGAGAAUCUGCUGUCCCAGGCAGUGAUGAUGGUGGAGAACAGCCGGCCCACAUUAGCGAUCAACCUGACCGGAGCCCGCCAGUACUGGUUGGAGGGCAUGCUGCGGCAUGAGAUAGGCACCCACUAUCUGCGGGGCGUGAACAACGCGCGCCAGCCGUGGCACAACGCGGAGGGCCGGCUGCGGUACGGGCUGCGGCCGGCAAACCCCACAGAGGAGGGCCUGGCCAGCCUGCACAGCGUGCUGUUCCGCAAGCAGCCAUUCCUGUGGCGCGCCGCGCUGCUCUACUACACCAUUCACCGCGCUGCGCGCAUGUCCUUCCGCCAGCUCUUCCAGGACCUGGCGCGCUACGUGCAGGACGCCAACGUGCGCUGGGAGUACUGCGUGCGCGCCAAGCGCGGCCAGACAGACACCUCGCUUCCGGGUUGUUUCAGCAAGGACCAGGUGUACCUAGACGGCAUCGUGCGCAUUCUGCGACAUCGCCAGACCAUCGAUUUCCCGCUGCUGACCUCACUGGGCAAGGUGUCCUAUGAAGACGUGGACCACCUGCGGCCCCAUGGGGUGCUGGAUAAUACCCGGGUGCCCCACUUCAUGCAGGACUUGGCACGCUACCGGCAGCAGCUGGAGCACAUCAUGGCCACCAACCGGCUGGAUGAGGCAGAGCUGGGUCGUCUGCUGCCAGACUAAUGUCAAUUGAGGGCUGCAGGCAGAGGCCCUGGACAGAAGCUCCAGAUGGGCCCCCAGAACAUGAAGCUGUUUGCUCUGUGCUUCCACGGCCUGGGUGUUUCUUGGGGGUGUUGAGAGGGCAGGAGCAUUCCAUGAGGAGGAGCGGCAACAUCAGAGGGUUUGUGUCCAUUGCUAGCCUUCUUGGGGCCUGGGGACUUGCAGCAGCAUGUCUGGCAAAUUGAGUUGCCCUCCGCCUUCCAGCUCUCGGUUGAACAGAGGGAAGGCAUGGGGGCAGGAAGGGAGCUGAGCGUUGAUGGGGAUGGGGUGGUUUGGGAAUAGAAACUUCUUCUUGCAUGAGAUGGCUUUGGGUGUCGGGGUACUCCAGUGUCUCCCUUCCCCCACCUGGCCCCUCGGUGCUCCUUCAGCAUUUGUGCUGUCUACCUCUCACUGGGUCCUGGUGGGGGUUGGGAUCCCUUCUCCUGGGGUGAUUGAUGGUCUGAGCCUGGGGUCAGUAGAGACCCAGCUGGUCUGGGGUAUUCUUUCCAACACUUUGCCUCUCUCACUGAUUAUGUAUUUAUUCCAUAUUUAUGCGCUCUAUUUUCUGUGGCUGGGAGCAGCAGCUCCUGAAGAUUCCAUGGGGAGAACAGGAUACUCCUUACUGGAAGGCACCGAUUUUUCCAGACACACACACACACACACACACACACACACACACACACACACACACACACUCUGAUUCAGGCCUUGUGAGUCAAGCCCAAAAGUUCCCUUGGCCCUGUCCCCACCCCCUCCACUGGCCUCUGCUGUUCCUGUCUCACUCUCACAGCUGGUCUCUGGCAGAGGUUAGCACAGCCUAGGAGGAGCUGCAAUUGUGCCUGAGGGACAGGCCCCUAGAGUUUGGUGGCCCAAGUCCUGAACCCCUCCUAGACCAGGUGAGGUGCACAGGUGGUUGCUGCUUCCAGUUUCCCUUCAGACUUAGCUGUGUGAGCCCCACUCCUAUCCUCUGGCCUUAGUUUUCCCAUCUGUAAAACUCAGAAACGCAGUUGGAAAGUCCUUAUUCAUAUAGUCAGCAAAUAUAAUAUGUGUACAGCGCCUUUUGUGUAAGUUACUAGUCACAAUCUUCACUGAGCUCCCAGUCCAGAGGGAAGCCAGACAAUUAAAACAGUAAUGACAAUGA